CUGAAAAUAAACAAGAGCCUAGACUGCCUCAGUUGUAUAAAAAAAACACACACGUUGACACUAAUAUUAGAGCCAUUCAUGGCCUUGGUAGACAAAAUGGAGUUCUACUUCAUUACUUGUCUCUUGUAUUUCAGAUCAUAAGUAAUUAUGCACAAAGUUUAUAAAAAUCAUUAAAUUAAUAUAAAUUGUUCUUUUGACUUAUUUAUGUAGUUGCAUUUUAAUUUUUAGGGAAAAAUAAUUCAACUAUGAAAGUGUUUCUGUUCGUGUUCAAUGAGAGUUUAAAACGUUUUAAAGCUUUGGUAGCAUUGAUUUUCAGAUAGUGUCAAUCAAACAUAAUUACACAGUUAUCACCAGAUACAAGUGAACAAUGGAAUUCGCACUCGGAGCACUUGCUGCAGUCGGAGCCACCUUAUUUACAAAUCCGAUCGAAGUGCUAAAAACACGUUUCCAGCUGCAGGGAGAACUUCAGCAAAGAGGUCAGUAUAGGGUUCAUUACAGAAACAUUUUGCAUGCUGGUUAUGUGAUCGUAAAGACAGAAGGUGCCUUCGGUCUGCAGAAAGGCUUGGUGCCCGCGCUUGGUCACCAGAUAUUAAUGAACGGAGUAAGACUUGGUGGAUUCCAUUAUUUAGCUGAAGAAAAAAAACUUAACUUGAAAAGUAAUGGUGAAAUUUCAUUUAUACGCACGGCUAUGAUUGGCGCUGCAACUGGCAUUGCAUCAGCUUAUUCUGGGAGUCCAUUUUAUCUGGUCAAAGUGCGUAUGCAAGCACAGGCCACAGAGGCUAUAGCUGUCGGAACUCAACACAAAGUUUCAGGAACUGCUGAUGCUUUUACACAAAUAUGGAAACAUGAGGGAAUAGCUGGUCUCUGGAGAGGAGCGAAUGGUUCAGUACCACGAUUGGCAGUGGCUUCAGCGGGUCAAUUAGGUACCUUCUCUUUGGCGAAGGAGUAUAUCGCAACUAAUAAGUAUUAUGCUAUUGAAUAUGGACUGCUUAAUUCAUUUUUGGCUAGCAUUCUGGGAGGAGUAGUCAUUGCUGGGAUGAUGAAUCCAUUCGAUGUUAUUUCAACUCGACUUUAUAAUCAAGGGGUAGAUGCUCAUGGUAGAGGACUCAUUUACUCCAGUUACUUCGACUGUGUCUCAAAAAUGUGGAAAACCGAAGGAUUCAGAGGCUUUUACAAAGGAAUCGUUCCAGGAUUUUUGAGGAUCGGACCACAUACGAUGCUUAGCCUCAUAUUUUGGGACAGGCUCAAAGACCUUCAAAGAAAAUAUUUAAGCAAGGAUUUACAGUAUUAAGAGCAAGCUCAUCAUCGUUUUAUUCUAGUCAUUUGAUAGGAUCAUCACCAUUUAUUUAUUUAUUUAAUUAACUUUAAUAUCAUACUAUAAUUUAUUGUUUGUACAUAAUUUUAUCCAUUUAUCAGAUUUUUGAAAUUAUACUAAAUUAAAUAAACAUUUGGAACCCAAAUUGAUCACAAGAUGUUAAGGAUGAAUUAAUUUUGAAAUCAUUUUUAUAAAGAGCCAGAGAAAAUCAGUGAACCACCUACAAUUAUUGUUUAACUUCCUGUAACUUUAAUUCAAUUUAUAGUAAAUUACACAAACAUUUAUUUAUUGUAUAUAAAUAAAAUGCAAUAUGAUGUUAAUAUGUUAUUUUAUUAAAAGUAAUGUUCAAUCAUAUCC